AUGGGUCCAGGUCUGGUGUUCCUGCGGUUCGCUCACAGUUUUCUGGGUCGSGGUGUGAUCCUGCAGUGCCUGACGCCCGUGGAGCCCCUGCUUCAGUCCGUGACUCACACCAUGUUCUACCAGACCAGCAUCCCGCCUCCGGUUCCCAAAUUCCUCCUGAAGGCCGAGAGCAUCCAGUUUGAGCGUGACGUGAUGAUCUGGAACAACAAGAAGUACAUCUCCAAGCCUCUGCUGGUGAAAGAGGACUCCACCAUCCUGAAGCACCGGCGCUGGUACCAGCAGUUCUACAGCCAGAACAGCCCGCGGCUGCAGCACCAACGAGACACCCUGGACUUCUGAGGGACAUCUGGAUGUAACGUUUUUAUCCUUUGAAUAGCUUGAGUUAUUAUAAUAACAACAACAACAACAACAGUGGUGGGCACCAGCCCGUUAAAGCACAAAUC